UGUCAACAUGUCCCAAGUGUCAUUGAAACAAAGUUUCCAGGGUCAGCUGCCGUACAGCACUUAAACUGCGCUGGUGGCUGAAUUCCUACAGGGUUCAUUUCUCAGCCUUGUUAUGCUUGUGCUCUCUUCUUCCUAUGAUUGCGCCCAUAAACCAACACGCCAUAGCAACCACACUUGGUCUCGAACGGCCGAAUUCGGUUGUAUCAAGCUUUGACAUCACCGUGCGAAGCCCGAUCGGGACAGGACCUUUUUCGAUUUAGGGCAAUGAAAAUAUUCUGGGCUACGAGCUCGGCCAACAAAGACUAUAAACAACGAUUCGAGGUUCCAUUCGUCGGUAGUAUUGGCCCGUGACAAGGCUCGCCUCUUCCCCCUUCUGCGAGUUGAUUGACAACAAGACCUGCAAAGGCAUCCUUGACCUACAAGAAUCUAAAGUUCGAUUAUGGCGAACACAUCGGCAACACAAACACCAAGAACAGACACCACACAAUCUCCCGGAUCAGCAUACACGCAAGGCCACUCAGCGGGCGUAGUAGCCUCGCACGCGAGCCGGACGGUAGAGAAUUCAGCGGCGUUCCUGACUCCGCAUCUGCAGCCCGGCUACACGCUUGUCGACUUGGGAUGCGGACCGGGGACAAUCACGCAGGGAUUCUGUGCCCUGGUACCACAGGGGCGGGUGAUUGGCAUCGACGCCUCGGAAGAGGUCAUCUCCCAGGCGCGUAGCCGGGCGAGGGAAACAACAACGUCGUCAUCAGCGACCCUUGAGUUCCAGGUUGGUGAUAUCACGUCACGGCUACCAUUUGCCGAUGAGUCCGUCGACGUCGUCUACACGCACCAGACACUGUGCCACAUCCCAGACCCGGUGGCGGUGAUCAAAGAAGCGUUCAGGGUGCUCAAGCCAGGAGGCCUGUUUGCGUCGCGCGAGUACGACCACAUGACCUGGCAUCCGUCUCUGCCAGGGCUGGUCGCCUACACCGAGUCAAUGGACCGGGCCAUUCGAAGCAGUGGGGCUCAAGGGUCCCAGUCUGGCCGCAACCUGCAGACUUGGGCAUCCCAGGCAGGCUUUGAUCGUGCCAAGAUGCUGGUCGGCGCAGGUACGACGUGCCACGUUGGGUCGGAGGCCCAAUGGUGGGCUGGCGUCAAUAUCGACCGAUUGCAGACCGAGGUUGGUGCUGGAUGGUUGACCAAAGGCAUUGUUACGUCCCAGCAGGACAUUGGCAGCAUGAUAGGGGAUUUUCGUCGUUGGGCAGCAGAUGACCGUGCCUGGUAUGUCAAUCUUCAUGGUGAGAUUGUGGCUCGUAAAUAGGUAGAGCAUUCUACGAGCUAUACCAGGUCACGCUAUUCUAGUGAAAUCAAUUUCACUUUCUUUCUUUUUUUGCAGUUUGAAGCGUUACGGUAAGAGUUAUGGCUUGCUAUCCUGGGUUUUGAUACUAUUCCAGCCACAAUGAUUAAU